AAUUUGAGUCUAUACAUUGUUGUGCUCUUGGCACUGCUUUGUUGUGUAUUCCAACUUUCAUUACAACACUCUCGUAGUGGGUUAGGCCCAGUCUUUGGCUGGAGAGCUAGGACCUUGCUACUUUACAUAACGCUGCAUACCCACCUUGCUACUCUGCCAGCCCUCCAGAUGGAGGAGGAGCGCCAACGCAAGCAUGGCAUCGUCGUCCCGGAGCAAGAGACGGACGUGACCAGUGCCAUGCUCGCGCGGGGCCGAAUGGACAAGCAGCGGGUAGCGGUUGAUUUAGCGGAACAGCGGAAGGUGCUCGCGGCGCACAUGCACCUCGUGGACGCCCAGCUCGGGAGAGCGCACACGCAGGUGAAGAAGCGGCGGGCCCGGCACAAGGUGCACCACGACCACCACGGGGACGAGGAGGAGCCCGUGGGGCCCACGAAAUCCGCGCGCGAGCACCCGGGGACCUGGGAGGCCCGGCGCGCGCGCGACCUGUCGCUCCGCAAGCGGCGGCCGGUCAUCCCGAAGCCGUCCCGGUACGAAGCGAAGCCGCGGGCCGACCGGACGGACGCCGAGGCCGAGAGUCGGCUGCGGACGCUCAUGGCCGAGGUCGACACGAAUUUGUAUCAGCUGACCCUGCCCGAGCAGGUCCGCGACGCCGAGGGCUGGUUCCUGAAGAAGCGGAGCAACGCGCGCCAGCUCCGCUCGAAGUCCAUCGCCAACCCGCUCGUGGCGUCGCAGCGAUGGCUCCACGGGCCGCGCAUCGCGGAGCACAAGGCGGCCUACUAGUAAACUAC